CCAGUGUAAUCUGACACUUCAACUUGCCGUGCUCUACGGUAGUUGAUUCAGUCAGUCACUCACACCGUCUCCGGGGCUCUCGCGUCGUCUUUGUGAAGUGGAGCGAGCGAGCGAGAGGAGCGCCGUAAACACGAGGUUUGGAGAAACAAUACGCGGAUUUGCCACUGACGUCCUGGCUGAAAAUCACCGCUUAAGGAGGGGUCAGUGAGGGGCCGAGAGUGAGGAAUACAUGAAGGGCAGGGUGGGGGAGGGGGCGGCGACCACAACGGCGGUACCACCAAGGUCAAAGUUCACACAGAGUAAAGAAGCUUUAAUGGCGUCUCGGUAGAAACAUCAAGAUGAACACGUUACCAUCCAUGGACCGGCACAUCCAGCAGACCAAUGACAGGCUGCAGUGCAUCAAACAGCACUUACAGAACCCGGCCAACUUCCACUCAGCAGCUACAGAGCUGCUCGACUGGUGUGGAGAUCCCCGGGCCUUCCAGCGACCUUUCGAGCAAAGUCUCAUGGGAUGUCUGACGGUGGUGAGUCGGGUGGCUGCUCAGCAGGGGUUUGACUUGGACCUGGGCUACAGGUUGCUGGCUGUGUGUGCCGCGAACAGGGACAAAUUCACUCCCAAGUCCGCAGAAACCAACACCUGCAGGAGAUGUCAGAGUGACUCAGCCCUGCUGUCGUCGUGGUGCGAGGAGCUGGGUCGUCUCCUCCUGCUGCGUCACCAGAAGAACAGGCAGAACGAACCGCAGGGAAAAGUCCCCAUGCAGCCCAGCAUGAACAGCAUGAAGCCCGGCCUCACACACAGUGAUGGAUCAUUUCCCUAUGACUCUGUCCCCUGGCAACAAAACACCAACCAGCCCCCUGGGUCAUUGUCUGUGGUUACAACAGUGUGGGGUGUGACCAAUACGUCACAGAGUCAGGUGCUAGGUAACCCAAUGGUGAAUAGCAAUAACCCCAUGAAUCCUGGAGGUAACCCAAUGGGAUCAGGUAUGUCUGCCAGCGCAGCAGGACUCAACUCACCUCAGUACAAUGCUCAGCAGCAACAGUUUCCAAACAAGGGAGGCUCCAACCAACCGUACAUGCAGCAGGGCAUGUACGGCAGGCCUGGCUACCCUGGAGGUCCUGGGGGAUACAGCGGGAGUUAUUCUGGAGGCCCAAAUGCUCCUCCAGGAGGUAUGGGAAUGACCUCUCACACACGUCCUCCUGGUGACUUCACUCAGCCAGCCGCCGCUGCUGCAGCAGCUGCUGUCGCUGCUGCUGCUGCUACGGCAACGGCCACAGCAACGGCCACGGUGGCAGCUCUGCAGGAAACCCAGAAUAAAGACAUGAACCAGUAUGGACAGAUGUGUUCAUCGUUCCAAAUGGGCCCCGCUCAGGCCUACAACAGCCAGUUCAUGAACCAGCCAGGCCCACGAGGCCCCCCUGGAGGUAUGAAUCCAGCCAGCAUGGGAUCAGCCAUGAACAACCCUAAUAUGAGUGGGCCUCCCAUGGGCAUGAACCAGGCUCGAACCCCAGGCAUGGGGCCUUUUGGAGCUCACGGCCAAAGGAUGCCUCAGCAAGGGUAUCCCGGAGGACCUCGACAGGGCAUGCCCAUGCAGGGGAUAAAGAGGCCAUAUCCUGGAGAGGCAAGUUACGGGGGGCAGCCGUACGGGCCAAACAGUCAGUUCCCACCACAGCAGGGGCAAUACCCCACAUCCAACGCCUCCAGGCCGCUGCCAUCUCCUAACUACCCCGGCCAGAGGAUGCCAGGGCAGCAGGGUCAAGGACAGUACCCACCUGGCAUGCCCAUGGGCCAAUACUACAAGCAAGAGCCCUUCAAUGGUCAGAGCACCAACUUCUCCGGAGGUGGAUACUCCUACGGCCAAGGAAAUGGGCCCCCCAGGCCAGGCAACUACCCACAUUCCCCGGUCCCUGGAAACCCUACACCCCCUAUGACCCCAGGAAGUGGUAUUCCUCCAUACCUGUCGCCAAACCAGGAUGUGAAGCCCCCGUUUCCACCCGACAUGAAACCAAAUAUGACAGCACUACCGCCCCCUCCAUCAAACUCCAAUGAAGAGCUGCGGCUGACAUUCCCAGUCAGGGAUGGAGUGGUGCUGGAGCCGUUCCGCUUGGAGCACAACCUGGCUGUCAGUAACCACGUCUUCCACCUUCGACCCUCCGUCCAUCAGACCCUCAUGUGGAGGUCAGACCUUGAACUGCAGUUUAAGUGCUACCACCAUGAAGACAGGCAGAUGAACACCAACUGGCCCGCCUCCGUCCAAGUCAGCGUCAACGCCACGCCCCUCACCAUCGAGAGGGGAGACAACAAAACCUCCCACAAACCCCUGCACCUGAAGCACGUAUGCCAACCUGGAAGGAACACCAUCCAGAUUACAGUCACCGCCUGCUGUUGUUCCCACCUGUUUGUGCUGCAGCUGGUCCACAGGCCAUCUGUGCGGUCCGUCCUCCAGGGGCUCCUGAAGAAAAGACUCCUUCCUGCAGAACACUGCAUCACCAAGAUUAAGAGGAACUUCAGCAGUGUGGCGGCGUCGGCAGGAAACGCCAAUCUUAACGGGGAAGACGGUGUAGAGCAGACGGCUAUUAAAGUGUCGCUAAAAUGUCCCAUUACCUUCCGACGCAUCCAGCUACCGGCUCGAGGGCAUGAUUGCAAACAUGUCCAGUGUUUUGAUCUAGAGUCAUACUUGCAGCUCAACUGUGAGAGGGGGACAUGGAGGUGUCCUGUGUGCAAUAAAACAGCAUUAUUAGAAGGCCUGGAGGUGGACCAGUACAUGUGGGGAAUCCUAAAUGCCAUCCAAAAUUCAGAGUUUGAGGAGGUCACUAUAGACCCUACAUGUAGCUGGAGACCUGUUCCCAUAAAGUCUGAGGUACACAUCAAAGAGGACCCUGACGGACCACUUGCCAAGCGCUUUAAGACCAUGAGCCCCAGUCAGAUGACCAUGCCCAAUGUGAUGGAGAUGAUUGCCCAGCUAGGGCCUGGCCCAGGACCUGGCCAUGGCCCUGGACCAGGUCCCAGCCCCUACCCCCCACACCCUAGUCAACAUGCUAGUGGCAACGGGGGAGAUUACCCUGGAGCAGGCAACAGUUACCACAGCCAGGGGAACUUUGACUUCCCUCACGGGAACCCCUCUGGUGGUGGAGGAGGUCCCCCUAUGAAUGACUUCAUCCACGGCCCCCAGCUCUCCCACCCCCCAGAUGGACCUGGUGGAAUCCUCUCCCAGGACAAGCCGCUUCACCACGGCAUGAAUGAUGCAAUGUCCCAUCCCGAUCAGUCCCAUAACUCCAUGCAGCAGAUCUUGCAUGCGUCUCCCCACCCUGGCAGCCAAACAGGGCCGCCCUUGCAUCACAGUGGCCAGUCAGGGCCGCCCUUGCAUCACAGUGGCCAGUCAGUGCAGCCCUUGCAUCACAGUGGCCAGUCAUCGCAGCCGUCUCGCCAGUCGCAGCCUCAGCAGCAGCCUCAGCAGCAGCCUCAGCAGCCUGGGCAGAACAGUCACCCCCACAGCGAUCUGAACUUUAACCCCUCCUCAGACGGCCAGAUGGGUCAGGGAGCCCAGGAUAUGCCCGAACCCUCCCUGGAUCUGCUUCCAGAGCUGGCCAACCCAGAUGAGUUACUAUCAUACCUGGACCCCCCCGACCUUCCCGCCAACAGCAACGACGACCUUCUCUCCCUCUUCGAGAACAACUAGCCCCUCGCCUCCCCAACAAACCCUCCUGCACCUACAGGAGUCGUCAUGAUUGUGUUUGACUGUCCGUCCACAGGCACUUCACUGACACUCCAAGCAGCUACCUAUGCUCGCACACACACACACAUACACAGUCUCUUGACAGAUAAUGUGUGGCAUAGGAGCACGGCUGAAAUGAGGCACCUGUUUGAGGACUCCAAGAGAGAAAGCAGGAACGCCACACGUCCCCCACACUCCCUUUUUUCCUCGUGUAAAGAUUCCACGCACCAGUUCCACCACCUGACUCGAAACACACCAUUUACAGCCAUGUAGGCGGGCACUAAAGUGAUAUUAUGUAUAUACAUAUAUGAUAUUUGUGACUUUUCAACUGAAAACUGUGCAGCUAUAAUCAUCAUGUGUAAACAACACGGAGGAGAGGCAGAGAAGUGUUGUAGCUUUGUUUUUUUUUAUUAUAAUUUUCCAUUUGUGAAAAAAACAUUGUCUUGUAAGAGUUUUUAACCUAUUUGAAAUGUGUUCUUCCAAAACUUUGGUACAUGCCAUGCCCUUUGACCCUCAGAUGUCUGUGUGUGUGUGUGUGUGUGUGUGUGUGUGUGACAGUUGAAUUACUGGAACUCAUCAGAAUCAGAGUGCUGAAAGGACGAGCUAAAAUGUCCUCCAGUAUCAACAGAGGAAACAAGCGCACGUUGUGCAAUGUAGUGUGUGUGAGUGUGUGUAUAUAUACCUGUGUGUGUGUGUGUUUACGUGUCCUCAUUUGUUUGCCUGCGAGCGUGUGUGAAAGACAGCGGGGGAGCGAAAGUUUGAGACGGAGGAGGGAAGAAAAAUAUUGAAUGGAAGAAACAUAAAACAAUCCACUUCAAGAGCUGUCUCAGUUCUUCUCCAGCCAGUCCGCAGUUCUUCUUGUGUAUUUAUUGUAAUGUUUCACUCUUCCUCAUCAGAUUCAGCACCAUUUUGUGCAUGUGUGCCAAUGGCUCCUGUUGUCUUUGUCCAGCCUAAACUGCUUGAUCAAAUCAUUUUCUAUCAUCUUUAUAUUUAUUAUUUUAUUUCAAACCCAUCGUUUUUUUUAAUUAUUGUUGUCCUCUUUCAUGUGUUUUAUUUUUAUAUUUUUGUUAUUCAUUGUCCCACAUUGAAAAUAAUCAGAUACACAUCACCAAAGUUGUCCUAUGCUUUUUGUAAGGGGUUGGGCCUGGAUAUUAUGUUGGUGUAAGAGCAGGAUUUCAACAUGCAACAGAUGUCUACAGAAGUUUUUAAAUCACUGUAUUUUAUAGAAACAUCUGUGUGAUUGUACUGAUCUUUCCUUUUGUCGUUUUGUUACUGUUGAACUGCAUCUUUUUUGGGGAAAACAUCCUGCAUGAUCCAACAGUGUUUCCAGAGCUGUUGUAUAUACCCUUUGUGAAUACUUUGUACUGUGCCUAUUUUACUGGGAACUACACGGUACUGUAUGUCUGUCAAGGACUACACACACUCACAAACUGACACAGAAUCCCUUAUAACCAGUCCAAUAUUGUAAUGAAUUGAUCCAAAUGCACUCUCUGGCCUUGUAUUGAGUACCUGUGUAUUGUGUACAGUUUUUCCAUUACCCUGUGACAUUGCGUCAGUGAAAAUGAAUAUUUGAAUUGCUCAGCUGGCAAGUUUUAAGAGUUUCCCCCCUUUUAUUUAUAUAUAUAUAUAUAUAUAUAUAUAUAUAAUAUAUAAUAUAUAAUAUAAAUCAAGGAGCUUUAAACAAGCUGGGGGGAGUUUCUGUCUAAAAGAUUGUUGCUUAGAGGUCCAAAUUUCUCUAAAAAUGAUUUGUUUAAUAUUAUUGGAACAAGUGACCUCGUCCUUUAUUUAAAGUGAGAAUGUGCAAAAUGUCCUCUAGAUUGUUUUUAGGCCUGGUGAUGAGCUUUUGAUUACCAUACUUAGCAAAAAUAUGUGAACCUGAUUUGUGUAUUUUCAUCACAUUUUAUAUUGUUUCAAGUUUUAAGUUAUUAUUUUUGUCCCAUGUUUUUAUGACAGGUAUAAUUUGGUUUACACAGUUUUAUGCAGUACAGUCAUUGAAUUUAAAAUAUACUGUAUGUCGUUGGAUACAAGUUCCCCCAUUUGAGAGUUGUAAUCUGUUUAAAGAACCAAAUAUGGCUUUACUGAUCUUCAAAAUAGAUCAAAUCGCCUGCAUAUAACACAAUUGAAGGAUCAGAUGUUGUUUGUGUUUGUUUCUAUGUUUGUGAAAGACAAUGCACUGCCGCAUUGGGAUGUUUUAUCUCCCUACAAAAGGUGUAACCAUAACCUUUCACAAAAUCACGUCUAGUAAUCUGAGAAACACAAAUUCUACUGUCUGAUUGCAGACACCGGAAAUUGAGUUGAGGAUUUAAAAGAGAAUGCAAUUAAUAUUGUAAAAUGAAUUUUGCAUUACAUGGGGAGGUUGUGGCAGAGGGUUGGGGUUGGGGAUGUAAGGGAUACAUGUAUAUAAUGUAAAUGACAAAUAGAGACACAUUAACAGAAAUGUAUUCAUUUUCUCCAGGGGGAGUGUGCAUAGUGUAUUUAGAAUUUGUAAAGCUUCCAUCCUCCUGUCAGACAUUGAAUUGGCAAAAUGAGUCUGUGUUCGAUUGCGUCUGUGCAGACCUCUCUAACCACGCCUGUUCAUUAAUGUAAGAUACUUUAUGUACCCCUCCACGUGGGGUUUCCGAGAAAAAAAAGACAUUUUCCUUUGUGUAAUAUUAAACUUCUGUGUAUUUCUCUAUUACCUGUGUACUUUAUAAAGGUGCUACAAAAUUAUUCAAACCUUUGGAGGUAUAAUUGGGACUUGGAGACAUUGAGCUUUGAGUGGCUCAUAAGGGUUGUUUGCAAAUUUACAGUUUGUAAAAAAAAAAAAAAAAUUGUCAGAUUUAUCAUUUUUAUGCAAUUUGGCAAAAUAUGCUAUAAAAGGUACAAUCUCAAAGUGAUUGGCCCAACAAGCGGCAGUUGUCUCUUUGGUUUUGUACAUUCUAUGUACAAUCAUUUCAUAUUCUAAACUGGUCAGAAAAACAUUGUGAUUUUUAGUCUUGCAAAUCUGUAUGUAGUUAGAUGACGUGACAUCCUAAUAUUUAUCUAAUAAAUAUGUAUUCAGAUGAAACACAA